AAAAUAGUGAAAGCCAGCAAUGACAGACAGAGAUACAUUUUGUGGUGCUUUGUAGGUAUUUUGUUUCAAUCUCAUGGGUCACAUUUUAUCUGCUAGAUAGUGUGAGGCAAUAGGAGCUUUAAAAAAAUAAAAAGUGGUGCUCCUUUGUCAGGUAGUUAAUUUAAAUACAUGAGAAAAGGGGAGGAGAUACUAUCAAAACAGAAACUGCAAAUGCAGGUUAGGGAUAACGGCACAAACACAGGUAUCUGACCUCUGCAUGUGUUAAACAAGAAAAUCUCAAAAUAUCCUUAAUCCAAAAAAAUCAUUCUACACCAAGGAAGUUCUUUACAGAGCAUUUCAUUUGUGGAGCAUCACAAGAGGUAAGACUUCAUUCAGAGUUUAGAUAGUGGCUGUACUGCUCCAACAAAGGUCUUCAACAUGUCAGAACCAGGUUAUCCAGCCCAAAAUGACCUUCCAAAUCCCAUGCCUCAGUCAGAAGGUCCUGCACCGGCCACUCCAGCCCCAGGACUUCAGACAGAUGAUCAGUCGCCUCCAGAUCAGCCACCUUUGAAUCAGUCUGAACCGAUUUAUGAAGUUGAUCUCGGGGAUCAUGAAGAACUCACAUACAUGUGUCCUGAUCCGGCUCCUCCACCUGCUGGGCUUCAGCCAGAGAAUCAAGCACUUCCGGUUCAGACAGUCAUGGAUCCGUCUGUUCCGAUGAAUGCAGUGCCUUACGUGAUUCAGCCGUAUAAAGGCUAUCCAGUCCAGCGGUACCUUCCAUAUACCAUACCUCAGACAGCGGGACCUGGACCGGUUCCUCCAGCCGCGGGGCUAGAGCCAGAGAAUCAAGCACUUCCGGUUCAGACAGUCAUGAAUCAGCCUGGUUCAAGUAAUCCAGCACCUCACCAGGUUCAGUCAUAUACAGGUUGUCCAGCCCAAAAUGACUUUCCAAAUCCCAUGCCUCAGUCAGAAGGUCCCGCACCGGCCACUCCAGCCCCAGGACUUCAAACAGAUGAUCAGUUGCCUCCAGUUCAGCCACCUUUGAAUCAGUCUGAACCGAUUUAUGAAGAUGUUUUCGAGGAUCAUGAAGAACACAAAUACAUGUGUCCUGAUCUGGCUCCUCCACCUGCUGGGCUUCAGCCAGAGAAUCAAGCACUUCCAGUUCAGACAGUCAUGAAUCAGCCUGGUUCAAGUAAUCCAGCACCACACCAGGUUCAGUCAUAUACAGUAGGUUACCCGGCCCAAAAUUACCCUCCAUAUGCCAUAGCUCAGUCAGCGGGACCUGGACCGGUUCCUCUAGCCACGGGGCUAGAGCCACAGAAUCAACCACUUCCAGUUCAGACAGUCAUGAAUCCACCUGGUCCAGGUAAUCCAGCACCUCACCAGGUUCAGUCAUAUACAGGUUAUCCCAUGCCUCAGUCAGAAGUCAUAGAACUUCAGUCAGAGAAUCAACCACAUCCAGUUCAGUCUGAUCCAAGCAACCCAGCACUCCACCAAGUUCUGCCAUAUGCAGCACCUGCAGUUCCUCCACCAUUUCUACUUUUUGGAGUACCACCCGGUCUCGAGUACCUCACUCAGAUCAACCAGAUACUUAUUCACCAAAAAAUAGAGUGUAUACAGAUAUUAUCUGGCUAUGAGACUAACAACCAGUAUGAGAUCAAGAACAGCAUCGGGCAAGAGAUCUACCAUGUCAAAGAAGAGAGUGACUGCUUAAUACGCAAUCUCUUUGGUCCAGCACACGGUUUUAAAAUGCAUAUUAAGGACAGCAUGGACCAAGAGGUCAUUCAGUUGCACAGACCAAUGCGCUGUUUCCUGCAAGAGAUUGAAGUACAGGCUCCCCCUGGAGUAAUCAUAGGCUAUGUGAAACAGGAGUGGUCCUUUUUACCAAAAUUCACCAUCCUGGGCCCCAAUUAUGAGGAACUACUGAAGAUCCAGGGACCCCUCUUUCCAUUCAUUCGCUGUGAUGAUGUAGACUUUGAGGUUAAAGGCAUUAUUGGUGAACAGUCUGUUGGUCGAAUCACAAAACAACAGAGUGGUUUAUUAAAGAGCUGCAUCACUGAUGCCAGCAACUUUUGUAUCCAGUUCCCUCUGGACUUGGAUGUUAAAAUGAAGGCUGUACUUUUGGGUGCUUGUCUCCUUAUUGACAUCAUGUGCUUUGACAAAGGUGCACAUUUACUUCUAAAAUUAUUAAGGUUACCAUGAAAUGCUCUCCUUUUCUUUUUCUUUUUCUUAAGGAUGUCUAAAUUUAUAAUACCCAGUCUCUGAGAGGCAAGUAUGGAGUCUGUAAGGAUAAAUAAGGACCUGGAGCAAAUCUAAUUUUUGCAUAUGCAGAUGUUUUGAGGAGUCUGCUUUCCAUUUGAGGGAGUUUGCUUUUCAGAGAACUGCUUUUUUCUCCUCGUAUAGAGGCGGUUUGAGUGAGAGUGUGGUAUGGUCUGAAUGACAGUGUACAUACUAAUGCCAUAGAAAUAAAACUAAUGCCAAAACAUGGAGAAACCUACACACUUAAAUGGACUCAUGGGGCCUCAUCUGUUCCAUGAAUGGAAUAUUUUUCAGUUCUACAUUCCUUUUUAGUGAAUUUUAGUGCUUUCAGCACACAUGCACUGUUAGGAAAAUAUUGAACAAUGUGUUUUCCAGAACCUUGUAGUUUUAUUUGUACAGCACAAAUUAACCAAAUGUACUGCCAUUCAGCUGUGACACUUCAAAAUGUCAGUUUCUGUUGUCACUAUUUUUUAGCUCUCGUAAUCGUAUUUAGCUCUAGACAAAACUGACAAUCAUAUACUGCUACUGUAUAAAUAUAUAUAAAUAUUAUCAAUUAAACAUUCUUUUGAUUUGUU